CCGCGCCUCCCGUGAUAUAUGGUAUAAAAGACCCACUCAUCCCGUAAACAUCCUGGAAAUAUGUAUACACCUCCCAAUACCUAGCUCUUCACAUUCUUACUCUAGUCCAUGCAUUGAUCUCUCGUGCCCGUGAGCAAAAGACCAGAAACCCUCAGCUAUGAUGGACUAUUCGGACCCUGACGCAUUCACUCUGCCCUACCAGCUGACCAAGCAAGUCCGACGUGAUGUCUAUCCACUGCUAGAGCCAACCCAGCCAGAGCUGUCGGCGAAUGGAAAGACAGUACUCAUUACCGGCGUUUCUGGGGGUAUAGGAAAGAUCAUCGCUGAAUCGUGGGCCAUCGCGGGAGCUUCCGGCAUCGUGAUUACCGGACGCAACAUCGAUGUGCUUGAGGGUAUCGCCACACGGCUUCAGAGUCUUGCACCGCCAGGCACCAAAGUCCUCGCCCAUGCGGCGGACAUCACCAACGAAGCCUCGGUUGGGGCGCUCUUCGCGGUCGCUAAGGAGGCGGUCGGUAAGGUCGAUGUGCUCAUCAACAGUGCGGGCAGCUUGGAAGGGGGCCUUGUAGGCACCUCCGAUCCCACGAAAUUCUUUAACGAUUUUCAGGUUAACGUGCUGGGAUCGUACCUAGUGACACAUUACUUUCUCGCCCAGGGAGACGGAGUUGGCACGAUUAUCAGCUUCACCACAGGCGCCAUCGCCAACGUGUUUCCCGGUAUGGGGGGCUACACGGCGUCUAAGUUGGCCCUUGUUCGCAUCAUGGAAAACCUGCACGUUGAGCAGCCGAAUUUGCGCGUUUUCUUACUUAUCCCUGGGAUUGUCCAGACUGGGAUGACAGUCGAUUCAUUGAAGCCGUAUGCUAAGGAUAGCCCCGGUCUUAGUGGUAGCUGGACACUCUUCCUGUCCACUCCGCGUGCCGAAUGGAUGCGCGGCGGCAUAGUCAGCGUAAAUUGGGAUAUUGAGGAGAUGGAGGCUCACAAGGAUCAGAUUGUUCGCGAUAACCUGCUCGGCCGGGCUUUUCUAAAUGCUAAGCUUGGGAAGGGUGGGCACCCUUGGACCUGAGGCGGCCGUUACCAGACUCCAGACUCCAACUCUACAAGGAACUGAUAGAUGUGGCCUAACUCAACGGAGGAGGUCUCCAGGCCUGUAAAUAUGAUAAGCAGAAAAAUAAACAUUUUUAAUGCGAUGUUAGAGAC